UUCUUCCCGUUUUGGAGAAGGUAGCGCCGGAGCCGCUUCUCCUGUGAGUGAUUCCUGCCUCGCGCGGGGGGAGGUGGAAGGAGCGGCCGCCCGGCACGCGGGGGGCGGACCCAGAGAGAGCCCAGGUCUCGGCCUCCGGAUUCCGGAGCAUUCCUCGCCUUGGCCAGCAGCCUCCCGAGGCGGCAGCAGCAGCAGCAGCAGCAGCAGCAGCGUGGGCCGGAGAAGGGACGCCAGCCUCCAGCGUGUCAUGGAGCCACCUGGGUGGGAAACAGGCUGACCCCCAACCGCUGCCUCGCGCCCGGCCUGAACGCGCCGAGUCCUUCGUUUCUCCCGAAUCGGAGCCGUGUCGGUCGUUGCAGCCGGUUCGUUCCGCCGGAGCCCAAAGGCACAAAGCGGUGCCUGUUCCGACCGCCACAGACCGGCUGUGGCCCAGCAUGCCGAGGCCGGGCGUGGGCCAGGAUGAGUGCCAUGGACUCGGCCGCGUGCCCAGAGCCGCCUCCGGGGGCCUACGCGCUGCACAUCUACCCGCAGCUCUCGGCGGAGAGCGCCUCCUGCUGCCGGGUGGUGGCCACCAAGGACGCCGCCGCCGCCGAGGUCAUCCAGCAGGCGGUGGCCUCCCUGCGCCUGGACCCCUCCGGGCAGUACGCGCUGGUGGAGGUGAAGGAGUCCGGCGGGGAGCAGUGGGUGCUGGACGGGAGUGACGCCCCCGUCCACCGGGUGCUGCUGUGGCCCCGCCGGGCCCAGGACGAGCACCCCCAGCAGGACGGCUACUACUUCCUGCUGCAAGAGCGCAACCGCGAUGGCAGCAUCCGGUACCUCCCGGCCCCGCUGGCCGCCUCCGCCGGGGAGGAGGAGGCGGCGGCGGCCCGGCGGCUGGUGGAGCGGGGCUUCCUGCCCUGGCAGCAGGAGGACUUCAGCGACCUCUGCAGCCUGCCCAACCUGACGGAGAGCAGCCUGCUGGAGAACCUGAAGCGCCGCUUCCAGAAGCAGAAGAUCUACACCUACGUGGGCAGCAUCCUGAUCGCCCUCAACCCCUUCAACUUCCUGCCCAUCUACAACCCCAAGUACGUCCAGAUGUACGAGAACCACCCGCUGGGCCGGCUGGAGCCCCACAUCUUCGCCGUGGCCGACGUGGCCUACCACGCCAUGCUGAAGCAGCGCCUCAACCAGUGCAUCGUCAUCUCCGGGGAGAGCGGCUCGGGCAAGACCCAGAGCACCCACUUCCUGAUCCACUGCCUGACGGCCCUCAGCCAGAAGGGCUACGCCAGCGGGGUGGAGCGGACCAUCCUGGGAGCCGGGCCGGUGCUGGAGGCCUUUGGAAAUGCCAAGACUGCCCACAACAACAACUCCAGCCGCUUUGGGAAAUUCAUCCAGGUCAACUACUUGGAGAAUGGCAUCGUCCGGGGGGCUGUGGUCGAAAAGUACCUGCUUGAGAAAUCCCGCUUGGUGUCUCGGGAAAAGAACGAAAGGAACUACCACGUCUUCUACUACUUGCUUCUCGGCGUCAGCGAAGAGGAGCGCCAGGAAUUCCACCUGGGGCAGCCCAGAGACUACUUCUACCUCAACCAGCACAAUUUGAAGAUCGAAGACGGGGAGGACCUCAAGCAUGACUUUGAGCGCUUAAAGCAGGCCAUGGAGAUGGUCGGUUUUCUUCCGGCAACCAAGAAACAAAUUUUCUCCAUCCUCUCCGCUAUCCUCUACCUGGGAAACGUCACCUACAAAAAGAAGGCGGCGGGCCGAGACGAGGGGCUGGAGGUGGGGCCCCCGGAAGUGCUCGACAUCCUCUCGCAGCUUCUGAAGGUCAAGCGUGAAAUUUUGGUGGAAGUGCUGACCAAAAGAAAAACAGUGACCGUGAACGACAAGCUGAUCCUGCCCUACAGCCUCAGCGAGGCCCUCACGGCUCGUGACUCCAUGGCGAAGUCUCUCUACAGUGCGCUCUUUGACUGGAUCGUCCUGCGGAUUAACCACGCGCUGCUCAACAAGAAGGACAUGGAGGAGUCCGUCACGUGCUUGUCCAUUGGCGUGCUGGACAUCUUUGGCUUCGAGGACUUCCAGACCAACAGCUUCGAGCAGUUUUGCAUCAACUACGCCAACGAGCAGCUGCAGUAUUACUUCAACCAGCACAUUUUCAAGCUUGAGCAGGAGGAGUACCGGAGCGAGGGCAUCCCCUGGCACCACAUCGACUACACGGACAACGUGGCCUGCAUCCACCUGAUCAGCAAGAAGCCCACCGGCCUCUUCCACCUCCUCGACGAGGAGAGCAACUUCCCACACGCCACAAGCCAGACGCUCCUGGCCAAGUUCAAGCAACAGCACGAGGAGAACAAGUUUUUCAUCGGUACGCCCGUCAUGGAGCCCGCCUUCAUCAUCCAGCACUUUGCAGGCAAAGUGAAAUACCAGAUCAAGGACUUCCGCGAGAAGAACAUGGACUACAUGCGGCCCGACAUCGUGGCUCUGCUGCGGGGCAGUGACAGUGCCUACGUGCGCGAGCUGAUCGGGAUGGACCCGGUGGCGGUCUUCCGCUGGGCCACGCUGCGCGCAGCCAUCCGGGCCAUGGCCGUCUUUGCGGAAGCGGGCCGCCAGAGAGCCCGGAAGACGGCAGGUGUGGUGCGCCAGGGGCCCAGGACCCCGCUGGGAGAGCUCCAGCAAGCCAACACCCCCCUCGAGAAGGCUUAUCGCUGCGCGGUGCUUGAUUUCUCCUUUGAUUGCUCUGAGGAUUUUGAUAUAAACGCUUUUGAAGACAUCAUAGCUUCGUACGAAAGCAAGAAGAGGAGCCGGGGGGCCAGGCAGAAGCAGCUCAUCCCCAAGAACUUGCUGGACUCGAAGUCCCUGAAGCUGAUAGUGAGCAUGACGCUGCACGACCGCACCACCAAGUCCCUCCUGCACUUGCACAAGAAGAAGAAGCCGCCCAGCAUCAGCGCUCAGUUCCAGACCUCUCUCAACAAGCUCCUGGAGACCCUGGGGAAGGCAGAGCCGUUCUUCAUCCGCUGCAUCCGCUCCAACGCUGAGAAGAGGGAGCUGCUCUUUGACGAGGCCCUGGUGCUCCAGCAGCUGCGCUACACCGGGAUGCUGGAGACGGUGCGGAUCCGGCAGUCGGGCUACAGUGCCAAGUUCCCCUUCCAGGACUUUGUGGACCAGUUCCAGGUCCUGCUGCCCAAGAACGCCCAGGCCUGCCCGGAGGAGAUCUCCGCUCUGCUGACCAGGCUGCAGCUGGACCCCAACAGCUACCAGAUCGGGAAGACCAAGGUCUUCAUGAAGGAGGCGGCACGGCAGGUGCUUCAGGACACCCUGCAUCAGGAGGUCAUCCGGAAGAUCAUCGUCCUCCAGAGCUGGCUCCGGAUGGCGGCCGAGAGGCGGCACUUCCUCCACAUGCGGCAGGCGGCCAUCACCUUGCAGGCUUGCUGGCGUUCAUGCCGUGUCCAGCGGGCACUCAUGAGGGAGAGCGCUGCCACCUACAUCCAGGCAGCGUGGCGCAGGUACAGAGCGUGGCGAUCUUAUCGGCAGCAGCGAAAGAGAAUCUGCUUGCUUCAGGCCCUGGUCAGGGGAUUCCUCCAGCGCAAGAGAUUUCGUCUUAUGCUCCUGGAGAAAAAACUGGAGGCGGCCAGGCAGCAGCAGCAGCAGCAGGCGGCUGUCGGGCACGAGAAUGGGCUGAGCCCGGCAGAAGAGCUCGCCUCCCAUCAGGUGGCCAGAGGAGCUGAAGGGCAGCCAGAGCAGGGGGCGGGCCCGGAAGAGGAGGAGGCGUCGGCGGGAACUGGGGGGGAGUCGGUAGGGCAGCCGGCCCUCCCGCCCUCCCAGAAGAGCCUGGCCAGCAGCCGGGAGAAACGGGAGACCCGCCGGCAGCGGGGCCUGCAGCACAACGCGCUGCAGAACAAGCACGUGGCCUUUGUCUUGGAGGGGCAAGCCGGAGCCCCCAGCAGGGAAGGCAGCCCCCGCCGCCCGGAGGAAGAGGAGCAGCAGCAGGAGAGCUGUGCGCCUGUGCGGGGCGUGGAAAAGAGCCCAGCCCCUCCCUUAGGCAGCCCCGGAGUGGGUGUGCGGGGCCUGCCGGGCGAGGGCCCCCUUCCUCCGGACGGCUCUGCUCCGCCCCCAGCACCGCAGCAGGAGGUGGCCGGGCCGGGGAGGCUGGAGGGCACCAGGGUCCGCACCAGCCAGAGCUUCACCUGCCCCGAGAGGCCCCUGGAGCUGGCCCUGGGCCUGCCGAACCAUCUGACCAGCAGCAGGAGCUUCCGCAGCCCCGGCAGCAAAAGCCAGCGGGGCUCUCCCAAGGAGCUGGGCAGCCCCACCGCUUUCCCCAUCCAGCGGUACCAGGACGACCCGGAGAGGCUGCGGGACAAGCGGGAGAGGUGGAAAGGCAAGAGGCAGCUGGCCCGCGGGCAGGACGACCCCCUCAGCCAGUCCCUGGAAGAAGGGCCGGGAGGGGGGCCCGCCGCCCGCUCCCCCUCCCCCCUGCUGCGGAAGAAAGGGGCGGCCUCUUCCUUGGACGACCUCUACCGGCUCGCCCGGCCCACCUCUGCAGGCCAGCAGUCUCCGGACACAACGGAGGGUGACGGGAGCAGCACGACGCAGGUCCUGCCGAGAGGAGCCGGGGAGCCGCCUGCCGCCUUCCUCGACGCGGCCCCUCCGGUGCCAGUGCCCGGCCAACAGAUGGAUGCCAAAUCUUCUUUCAGAAGUCCCUUGCGAAGACUGCUGGGCAAGAGACCGGAGAAGAAGAGCCUCAAGGAGAAUGCCGAUGCCACGGAGGAGGCAGAGCCCUCCCCCUUCUUAGCCUGCGUGCUCCCCAUGGAGGCAGAAGCUCCUUCCGGGCCUCCGACUCUGCCCCCGGCAGAAGAAUCCCGCGCCAAAGAGCCCGGCAAAGCCAAGCGGAACCGCACCAUCAAGAUCAGCAAAGCCAAGACGGCACCGGAGAAGUGGAGGGCCCCCUUCCUGCGGGAGAUCGCCAACGCCAACGAGCUGAAGUACCUGGACGAAUUCCUCCUGAACAAGAUCAACGAUCUCCAAUCCCAGAAGUCGGCUAUCGAGUGCUUGUUCUUUGAAGCCACCGAGAAGUUCCGCGGGAACAUCAAGACCAUGUACUCCUCCCCGAAUGGUCAGAUCCACGUGGGCUACCGGGACCUGAUGGAGAACUACCAGCUGCUAGUGGUCAACCUGGCGAAGCAGAGGGAGGAGAAAGACGUGAAGCUGGUGCUCAACCUCUUCCAGGCCCUUCUGGACGAGUUUUCCCGGGGCUACGCCAAGAAGGAAGACUCCGAGCACCCCAAGCCAGGCAAGGCGCAGAAGAAGAAGCGGAAGCAGGAGCGGGUGAUCGAGGAGCUGAACGGACACGUCUUCGUGAGCUACCAGGUCAACAUCCUGCAGUCCUGUGAGCAGUGCUGCUCCUACGUCUGGCCCAUGGAGAAGGCCUGCCUCUGCCGCAUCUGCAAGCUGACUUGCCACAAGAGAUGCCUGAGCCGAGUGCAGACGGGGUGCACCUCCUCAGCAGCCAGGAAGGGCGACCAGGACCCCGAGCCCCGCCACUUCGGGCUGCCGGUCAGUGCCCUGACGGGCGAGAAGAACUCCGUCCCGCUCGUCAUGGAGAAGCUGCUGGAAUAUGUGGAGAUGCACGGCCUCUACACCGAGGGGAUCUACCGCAAGUCUGGCUCGGCCAACCGCAUGAGGGAGCUGAAGCAGUCGCUGCAGGCGGACCCAAAUGCGGCCCGCCUGGAGAACUACCCCGUCCACACCAUCACCGGCAUCUUCAAGCAGUGGCUGCGGGAGCUGCCCGACCCCCUCAUGACCUUUGCCCAGUACCACGACUUCCUCCGGGCAGUGGAGCUCCCAGGGAAGCAAGAGCAGCUCUGCGCCAUCUACAGCGUCCUGGAGCAGCUGCCCCGCGCCCACCACGACACCCUGGAGCGCCUCAUUUUCCACCUCGUCAAGGUGGCCCUGUUGGAGGAGGUCAACCGCAUGUCGCCCAACGCGCUGGCCAUCGUCUUUGCCCCCUGCCUCCUGCGCUGCCCGGACACCUCCGACCCCCUCACCAGCAUGAAGGACGUCUCCAAAACCACCACGUGCGUGGAGAUGAUCAUCAAGGAGCAGAUGAGAAGGUACAAGCUCAAGAUGGAGGAGAUCUGCCAGCUGGAGGCCGCCGAGAGUCUGGCCUUCCGGCAGCUCUCGCUGCUUCGGCAGAACUCGCUGUGGCCCGUCAAACUGGGGUUUUCGUCUCCCCGCGAGGGAGCCCGGACCACCAGCGCCCCCGGCCCCAGCGAGAAGGGCCCCCCCGCCCCCCCGCUGUGCUUCCUGCCCGAGGAGGAGCCCUUGGCGGCCAGCAGCCGGGAGAAGGAGCUGCUGAUGGAGCACAUCCAGUCCAUCCAGGAGGAGAAGGAAGACAUCACCUACCGGCUGCCGGAGCUGGACCAGCGCGGCUCUGACGAGGAGAACCUCGACUCGGAGACGUCAGCCAGCACGGAGAGCCUGUUGGAGGCGCGCGGGAGGCGCCCGGACCCCGAAGGCAGCUCUGAGCCUCCGUCCGCCCAAGAGGAGUCCGGGCCGCCCAGCAGCCUGCCCCCGCCCCUGCCCGCCGUAGCCCCCCAGUGUGGACCCAGCUCAGCGCUGCUGCUGCUCCAGGGGAGGGAGCUUCCGCCAGCCCCACAGCCAGCUGGGGGCUGCCCCGCCCGACUGACAAGCUGACCCCGUCUCCCGUCCCCAAGAGGCCCGGCCCGGCGGCCUCCAUGCAGCGCGCAAGCGGCCCGGCCCUGCCCGGAAGGACCCGCCCCGCACGAAGCGGCAGCAGCAGGAAGUGUGGGGAUGGCGGCCAGCGCAAAGCUGCCCAAGGAGGCCUCUGGCUCUGGGGCCAGCCAUGGGGGGCGGACCCCCUCCUCCCCUCUCCCCCCAGGGUGCUCCUGGUCUUGUGCCUUCCCCCCGCCCCCAGCGGGGCCCCAAGGAGAGUGGCGGGCCGGGGGCCGAGGUCUGGCGCUCUCCGGUGUUCGUUACGAGUUUCCUGUUGGUUUACAGAAGUUUUAAAUUUUGUAAGGCGUGCUUUAUCGUGACCAAAAAAAUUGUUAUCAAUGUUUCUAUAAAUACAUUGCACUUUUUUGGGAGUUA